AUGUUAUUAACUGUACCGAGCAUUAAUUAUGAAAAUGAAUCUGCCGAAGAACAGAUACACAAUCAACAACUCCAAGAAAAUCGUCCACAAAUGAGAUUUCAAUCAUUUAUUAAUCAUUAUGGAACUGUUACACCACGUACACCAACAAUAAAACGUAUAAAAAAUCAAUUGAACAAAUUCUACAAUACAUUGAGUUGUACGUUUAUUAUCAACAUAUUAUUGGAUCGAAUAACAAUUAUUCGUUGUCUUAAAAAAUACAAUCUACGAAAAUAUCUUUUCGCAGAUAUAAUUGCUGGUAUUACAGUAGCCAUCAUGCAUAUACCACAAGGUAUGGCCUAUGGGAUUUUGACAACGUUACCACCUAUUUAUGGAUUAUAUGUUUCUUUCUUUCCUGUUCUUCUCUAUAUGAUUUUUGGUACUUGUCCACAUUUAUCUGUCGGUACAUUUGCUAUUCUAUCAUUGAUGACGGCAGAAGCUAUCAAUGAAAUACCACUUGAAUCUUUCAAUGGUAUAAACAAUCAAUCGUAUGAUGUAACAUUAAAUCUAUCCGAUGCAAUGAUCAUCAAUGAAAAAGUUGGUAUUGCUACGACAUUGGCUUUUCUUGUUGGACUUAUGCAGUUAAUUCUAUCGUUUCUUCGUCUUGGUUUUGUAACUGUAUACAUAACAGAACCAUUUAUUAGUGGUUUUACAACGGGUGCUGCUAUUCAUGUCUUUUCAAGUCAAAUUCCAUCAAUUUUCGGUGUACAAAGUCCUCGCAAUGUGCCAGUUAUUUUUAAAUUACCUCGAUUCUAUGUUAAAUUGCUUAGUUCAAUAAUCAAAAAUAUAAAUUGGAUAUCAACAGCAAUUGGUUUUACAUCUAUCAUUAUCUUAUUUAUAGCUAAGCAAUUAAAUGAUCGUUACAAAUCAAUAAUGCGUAUUAUUAUUCCAAGUGAACUUAUUUUAGUGAUUAUCGGUACUCUUAUCUCUCAUUUUACUCAACUUCACAAUCGUCAUGGUGUACCAGUAGUAGGUCCUAUUAAACGAGGUUUACCAUCACCAAGUUCACCUUCAUUCAAUCACAUUUCACACUUAAUCAUACAUGCUGCUACAAUUACUAUGGAAUUAUUAGCUUAUGGCAUAUCUAAUAUGGUUUCAUCUUUCUUUCAAUGUUAUCCAAAUACGGGUUCAUUAAGUCGUUCGGCAGUACAAGAAGGAAGUGGUGGUAAAACUUUACUUGUUGGUGGUUUUUCUUGUCUUAUUUUGGGUAUAGUAAUAAUUGCAUUGACACCAUUGUUUCAAACACUUCCAAUGGCUUGUCUGGCUGCUAUUAUUAUUGUUAAUUUGAAAGGACUUUUGUUCCAAAUUAAAGAUUUCUAUUUUUACUAUCGUAUAAGUACAAUGGAAUAUAUUUUAUGGAUUGUAACAUUUGCAACUACAAUUUUGUUCGAUGUCGAUAUUGGUCUCUAUGUAGGUCUAUGCACUACAUUUCUUAUAAAUACAAUACGUACUCAAAAACCUCGUUUUUCUGUUCUCGGUCAAGUUGGUGAUACAGAAAUUUACAAAACUAUCAAAGUAUUUCCAUUAGCUCAACAGUAUACAAAUAUUAAAAUUCUUCGUUUUGAUGAAUCACUUUAUGCAUGUAAUGCUCCAUUUUUUAAACGAAAAUUUUAUGAACUAAUCGAUAUUCAAUUACGACAAGAACCACUUAUUGGAUAUAAAAAACAAGAGUUGAAUAAAAAUCAAGAUAUUAAAUACAAAUAUGUUAUUCUCGAUUGUUCGCCAUUAAAUUUUAUAGAUACAGUUGGAGUUAAAUUACUUAUUGAAAUUUAUAACGAUUUAAAAAAACGAGGUAUUCUAUUAUAUUUAAGUGAAUGUCGAUCUGAUGUUCGUCGUACUCUUGAACUAAUGAAUUUUUAUGAGAAGACAGCACCUGGUACAAUCUAUGUGACAACACAUCAUGCAGUUACGGCUAUGAAAGCUAAAUUAGACAAUGAUUUACAAAUAUUGAAUACAAUUACUCAAAUUUAA